AUGACCUGCUCUCCAUCUCUCUCCUCGUCCUCCACCUCCCCGUCAGCCUCCAACUCCCGCAAGCGCAGCAUGUCCUUCUCCGCCCCGCUACCUCCUCAAAAGUCUGCCCGCACCCUCCGUCGCACAGGCUCGUAUCUCUCACUCGAAGAUAUGCAGACCGCAGUGGAGACCACCCUCUAUGGCCGGAAUGGGGCGCCCUCUUCUCUCUAUGCCAAUCCCUCUGCCGGUGCCCCGCAUACACGCAGUUUGCGCCAUUACAAAGACGAGCGAGACCGUCGGAAAGCGACGCUCCGGUCCUCCAACACCGUCGUACAAAUGCCUAGUAUCACUGUCACCACUUCUCACAUACCUUCUCGUAUACCGAUUCCUCGUCUACGGACAUCGUCUCCCCUCGCGCCCGCACCGUCCGUCCUGCCUGCGCGCACCGCUUUCCCACGGUCCAAGCCAGAGCCAGACCUCUAUCGUGUGGCGAUUACCACGCGCAUGCGCAUGUCGCCGGAGGGUCGCAAAAUCCUCUACAUGGGCCCGCGUCUGGCGCUUUCGAUGUUGACUGCGACCCAAGAGCUCGAGCGGUCCCUGUUUUCGGCAACUACGGAGCUCGAACAAAUCGUUGCGGCGCAGCGGGAUGCAGACAACGACAUCGUUAUGGCGGAUUGCGAUGUUUCAUUGGGCAAAUCGUGGGUGGUUGUGUCCUCUGAGGACUGGGAGAUGAUUGAUCGUGGUGCUUAG